AUGGCAUUGAUCUGGACUGCGAACUUGGAAUACCGCCAUUUCAAUGUCUCAUUGUUCCCAGAGAACUCGAUCUUAUACGAAUUACCCCUUCAUCAUAGGCGACAGAAUCUUCCAGAUUCAACAAAAUCACAGAAAAUCACAGAAAAGUCCCUCAUCCCAGUCACCUUAUGGGCUAUGGGCCAUGGCUCAAGCUUCCCCCCUCGCAUUUUUACGUGGCACGAAAUAAUCCGCACCGAAGAAUGA